AUUGAAUUCCAUUUUUAUUGUGCGCUAUCCUGUAAAACAAACAAGGUGUUAACGCUUGGGGACAGCAGGUCUCCGAUGUCUCUCUAUAAGACUUAAGCGACGUCGUCUUGCCCGAUAAAGCAGUCCUUCUUUUGCCCUUUCCAAUACAAACUAAAGUAAUAGACGGAGGGAAAGUAAAACGAACAUACAUGGAUAGGAGUAAAGAAGUAGGCGGAGGAGGAGGAGGAGGCCAAGGGGAAGGCGAGAAAGCUAGAAAAAAUCAAAAUCAAAGCGAAGCUAGAGGCGGAGUUGCUCCCAAAGGAAAAUCAUGCAUAGGAUAUCUCUAUCACUCUUCCUCUCUUAAAUCCAAUGGCAUCAAUCCUCGUUGCAUCGGCAUCCCUCGUACUCUUCAACAAGUUCCCAGUAACCUUGUUGGAGUAUCUAAGGCUGAAGCUUCUAAAAAGGGCGGGAUUCUUACGGAUAUGUAUUAUGGUUGUGCUGGGUACUCUAUCUAUGUCACUAAUGACCACUCUACAGAUAAGCUACUGACAAAGCCAGCAUGUUCGGGCCUUGAGUUGAUAGUGGAAGGAGUUGCUAAUGCUGAUAGUGCAUCUGCUCCGGCUCAUGUUCAUAGUAAAGAAGAUGGCAGAGAAUUUCCUCAGCCUCGAACACAUAAACCAGGGCAUUCUGCAGGAGAUGAUUUUCUGAGCAGGUAUACAAGGAAUGCAAGCUUGGUUGCAUCAGGGGUGGCGAGAAACAUGCAAAAAGUGGGGAAUUAUGUGAAAGAAAGCAUAGAUGAUAUCUUAUUCCCAUACCGAAGGCGACCGAAGUGAGGUCGUCAGUUUGGGAUAAUGCCUGAAGGAAAAGAGAAUUAGCUGAGAUGAAGAAAAGUCAUGGUUAAUCUGCUAUUUGCAUUAAAAUUAUGUAAUUUUCUCCUAAUGCCACUUUUAUCUCCAUCCUCCCAACUCCCUCUUAAUAAUGGAACGUGAGGUAAGUGGUAAAAAGGAGAAUUUUUUUUUUUUUUAUUUUUUGUCAUUGUUCAUUAACCAAGACAGAUGUUACAGUUGAAUGUUUAAAAUGUUGUUUAUUGAAUAGAUAGAGAGGAAGUGAGCUGUUGUUUAUAUAGUAGUAUUUUACUCUUCUAUUUGAAAGAAUUGAUAUGUUUAUUUAAGUA